AUGAUUUCAAUAGCAAGACAGUCGGCGAAGUUGGCGUCGAAGCUUUCCUUCCCGGUAGCACGCCCUUCGUCACUUUUAGUCAGAAGAAGCCUGGUUCAAUCGACAAGAAAACUGCAACAGGAUCCAAAGAAGCCCCAAUCUAUCCUAACCGAAGAUUUGCUGGCAAAAGCUGGUGUGGAUGUUGAUGAGAACGCUGACAAGCCUAAGGAAACUGAAUCGUCGGCUGGUGACACCCAAGGUAACACUAGUGGAAGCGGUAAGAAGAGAAGAAAAAGACAAACGUCGACGGAUAUCAAGAGAGAGAGAUAUGCCAAUUGGUUUUAUAUUUUCUCAUUGUCCGGUUUGACCGGUACAGCACUUUAUAUGGGUAGAGACUGGGAAGAAGGUGAGUCCGAAGAACUCAAGAAAGGUAUCGACAAUGGAUAUACACCUGCUUUAAUGUUUCAAAGAUUCAAAGCCCGUUUCAACUCAAUGUUCACUUAUUUCCAAGAACCUCCAUUUGAAGAUUUGUUACCACCACCUCCCCCAGCUCCAUACCAAAGACCUCUAACUUUGGUUAUUACCUUGGAAGAUUUCUUGGUCCAUUCUGAAUGGUCCCAAAAGUAUGGUUGGAGAACUGCAAAGAGACCUGGCUGUGACUAUUUCCUCGGUUACCUAUCCCAAUAUUACGAAAUUGUUUUGUUUUCCUCCAACUAUAUGAUGUAUGCGGAAAAGAUUGCAGAAAAGCUUGAUCCAAUUCAUGCCUUUGUCUCCUACAAUCUUUUUAAAGAACACUGUGUCUAUAAGGAUGGUGUCCACAUCAAGGACAUUUCUAAAUUGAACAGAGACCUGGGUAAAGUGGUUACUAUAGAUACCGAUCCAAAUACCUACAAGCUACAACCUGAGAACGCAAUCCCAAUGGAUCCAUGGACUGGCGAAGCAGACGAUAAGUUGCUAAGACUGAUACCAUUUUUGGAAUACCUUGCAACUCAACAGGUCAAUGACGUUAGGCCGAUCUUGAAUAGUUACCAUGACAAGAAGCAAAUCCCCCAAGAAUUCGAACAACGUGUGCAGAAGCUAAAGGAAAAAUUUUACAGCGAUCAAAAAACAAAGACGGAAGGAAACUGGGCUUUGAAACUUCUUGGUGUGGCUAACACCAUGGGUUCCCAAGGAAGUAAAUUUCCAUUGGAUUUAAUUCGCGAAGAAGGUGAAAAGAACUACGUUCGCUUCAUCCAACUAAUUGAAGAAGAGAAAGAAAAAAUCAGAAUUCAGCAAGAACAGAUGGGUGGUCAAACUUUCACUUUGAAGGACUACGUCGAGGGUAAUAUUCCUUCACCCGAAGAACAGUUGAAAAUGCAAAUGGAGAAGCAACAGGAGAUCGAUGCUUUGUUUGAAAAGCAGAAGCAGGAGAAAAAACUUCAACAGCAACAACAACAACAACAACAACAAAACUAA